AUGCCGCUCCCCGCGACCGCCAUCUUCUUGCACCAGCACGACCAGAACAUAUCUCCAGCGUCCGACUACCAGUACCAGCGCCGGGCUCAUGUCCCCGAACUCCAGCUCCUGCCCUCGGCGCCGUCCAACGUCCUCUCUUCCGUCUCCCCUUCGGCGCCCUCCCCCGAGUCCGACGACACCCACGACACCCAGCUUCAGCUUUCCAUCGGCUCCAGCGUCGGACCCAUCGACGAAAAGGCGGCGAUCCCGCCGACCGGCACCACCGUUGACGACCCUGCACUGGCGGCGGGGAGACUCAAGGAGGAGGUCCACGAUCAGCUGCGGAUAGCCAUGGUAGAGAGGGCGAUGGCAGACGAGGCGAGGCAGCAGGCCGUGCGGCAGAUAGAGCUAGCGGAGCAGGAAUUCGCGAACGCCAAGCGGAUCCGGCAGCAGGCUCAAGCGGAGCUCAACAAGGCCCACGUUCUCAGAGACCAUGCCAUCAAGCAGAUAAACUCCACGCUUCUGCAGAUCACCUGCCAGUCCUGCAAGCAGCAUUUCCGAGCCAAGGCAGUGGUGACCCCUGAGGAGCACUCCAUUGCUGUCAGCUACAUGUCAUCCAUCAUGACCGAAGGUGAAGGAGAGAACAACAAUAACAGGAAUCAUCAGGGGAAGAUCUCCACCAACGCAUAG